CUGGGACUGGCGUGGCGAGCGGCGUCGGCGGCGAGGGGCUGCCGUUCCGCCGGGGCAUCCGUCUGCUGGACAGCGGCUCCGUGGAGAACGUGCUGCAAGUCGGCUUCCAUCUCAGCGGCACAGUAACUGAACCAGCCACUGCUUCUGAACCCGCAGUGACUUACAAAGUUGCAAUCAGUUUCGAUCGAUGCAAAAUCACUUCCGUGACCUGUGGCUGUGGGAAUAAGGACAUAUUCUACUGUGCUCAUGUGGUAGCUCUUUCGCUCUACAGAAUCCGUAAACCAGACCAAGUCAAAUUGCGUCUUCCUAUCUCAGAAACCCUUUUCCAGAUGAAUAGGGACCAGCUACAGAAGUUUAUUCAAUAUUUAAUCACAGCACACCACACCGAAGUUCUUCCUACUGCACAAAAGCUGGCAGAUGAAAUUCUGUCCUCCAACUCAGAAAUCAACCAAGUGAAUGGUGCGCCUGACCCCACGGCGGGGGCCAGUAUCGAUGACGAGAACUGUUGGCACUUGGAUGAAGAACAGGUGAAAGAACAAGUGAAGCUUUUUCUCUCCCAGGGGGGUUACUAUGGCUCUGGAAAGCAGCUCAAUUCAAUGUUUUCCAAGGUCCGAGAGAUGCUUCGGAUGAGAGAUUCCAAUGGAGCCAGGAUGCUGACACUUAUAACUGAGCAAUUCAUGGCUGAUCCCCGCCUCACACUCUGGAGGCAGCAAGGAACAAGCAUGACAGACAAGUGCAGGCAGCUCUGGGAUGAGCUGGGGGCCUUAUGGGUGUGCAUUAUUUUAAACCCACACUGCAAACUGGAAGAAAAAUCCUGUUGGCUACAGCAACUACAGAAGUGGAACGACCUGGAUAUCUGUCCCCUGGAAGAUGGAAACUAUGGGCAUGAAUUGCCCAACAUUACCAAUGCACUUUCCCAGAGUGCCAGCCACAGCCCAGACUCUUUAUCCAGACCAAGACGAACAGUCUUCACUAGAGCCAUUGAGGGCCGUGAAUUGCACUGGCAGGACAGCCACCUGCAGCGAAUAAUCAGCAGUGAUAUCUAUGCUGCGCCAGCCUGCCAGCGGGAAAACGAGCGACUACUUUUUAAUUCCCACGGCCAGCCACUGUGGCUUGAGCAUGUGCCUACAGCCUGUGCUCGAGUUGAUGCGCUGCGAUCUCAUGGGUAUCCAAAAGAGGCUCUCAGACUCACGGUGGCCAUCAUUAAUACUCUGAGGUUGCAGCAGCAGCGGCAACUAGAGAUCUACAAACACCAGAAGAAAGAACUGCUGCAGAGAGGAACCACAACAAUCACAAACCUGGAGGGUUGGGUGGGCCAUCCCCUGGAUCCCAUUGGCUGCCUGUUUCUCACUUUGACUGAAGCCUGCCGCCUGAAUGAUGACAGCUACAUGGAAAUGUCAGAUAUGAAUGAAAGCAGACUACCUGUGUACCAGCAUGUACCUGUGGCUUCAGGCUGCCCAGACAGCAAUGAGUCAUACCUGGCAUUGGCUCUGGAAGUUGCUCUGAUGGGCAUGGGUCAACAGAGGGUAAUGCCUGAAGGCCUCUAUGCACAGGACAAGGUGUGCCGUAAUGAGGAGCAACUCCUAAGCCAACUCCAGGAACUUCAGCUGGAUGAGGAGCUAGUACAGACAUUGCGGAAACAGUGUAUCUUACUGCUGGAAGGAGGCCCCUUCAGCGGUCUAGGAGAAGUUAUCCACCGGGAGAGUGUUCCUAUGCACACCUUUGCAAAGUAUUUGUUCUCCGCUCUGCUGCCUCAUGAUCCAGACCUGUCCUAUAAGUUAGCCUUACGAGCCAUGAGGUUACCUGUUCUAGAAAACUCAUCUUCUGCAGGCGACACUUCCCACCCUCAUCACAUGGUGUCUGUGGUGCCCAGCCGUUACCCUCGCUGGUUCACACUUGGACACUUGGAAUCACAGCAGUGUGAACUGGCCUCUACCAUGCUGACUGCUGCCAAAGGAGAUACUCUGAGGCUACGAACUAUUCUGGAAGCAAUACAGAAGCACAUCCAUUCUUCCUCCCUCAUCUUCAAACUGGCUCAAGAUGCAUUCAAGAUUGCUACUCCCACAGACAGCAGCACAGACAGCACUCUUCUCAAUGUGGCCCUGGAGCUGGGGUUACAGGUAAUGCGGAUGACCUUAUCAACCCUUAACUGGAGGCGCCGAGAGAUGGUUCGAUGGUUGGUUACUUGUGCUACAGAAGUGGGUGUUCGGGCCCUGGUGAGCAUCUUGCAGAGCUGGUACACCCUCUUCACCCCGACUGAGGCUACAAGUAUUGUGGCUGCCACAGCCGUAUCCCACACCACUAUCCUGCGUCUCAGUCUUGACUACCCACAGCGGGAGGAACUGGCUAGCUGUGCUCGCACACUGGCCCUGCAGUGUGCUAUGAAGGAUCCGCAGAGCUGUGCCUUAUCAGCUCUUACACUCUGCGAGAAAGACCACAUUGCCUUUGAGGCAGCCUACCAGAUUGCCAUUGAUGCUGCUGCUGGGGGCAUGACUCAUUCACAGCUGUUCACUAUUGCCCGCUACAUGGAGCUCCGUGGCUACCCGCUGCGUGCCUUCAAGCUGGCCUCGUUGGCCAUGAGCCAUCUUAACCUGGCCUACAACCAGGAUACCCAUCCAGCCAUCAAUGAUGUGCUCUGGGCUUGUGCCCUUAGCCACUCUCUAGGCAAGAAUGAACUGGCCGCUCUCAUCCCCCUGGUGGUGAAGAGUGUGCACUGUGCCACAGUGCUUUCCGAUAUCCUGCGUCGGUGCACAGUGACUGCACCAGGCCUGGCGGGCAUCCCAGGUCGCCGCAGCUCUGGAAAGCUCAUGUCGACAGACAAAGCUCCACUGCGCCAGCUACUGGAUGCCACCAUCAAUGCCUAUAUCAACACCACACACUCCCGUCUGACACACAUCAGUCCCCGCCAUUAUGGAGAGUUCAUUGAGUUUCUGAGCAAGGCUCGGGAGACCUUCCUACUGCCCCAGGAUGGUCACUUGCAAUUUGCCCAAUUCAUUGACAACCUCAAACAGAUUUACAAAGGCAAGAAGAAGCUGAUGCUGCUGGUUCGAGAGCGCUUUGGCUGAGAAAAUGGAUAGCUUGCUACCAGGGCAGCCUGGGCUCCCACAUCAGGACAUGGACUCUGAAACAUCUGUCUACCCUGAGAGGACUCUGAGCACUUGUGGCUGAGCCAAAAGUACCACAGACCUAAGGAUGAGUCCAACUUUAACCAGUAUUCCUGCCUUGGCAAGCUUCUCACUCCAGUCCCACUGUUCCUGGAGGAGCUGGGCCCUGCAGACCGAUCAGAUGCCCCCACAACAUGUCACCUCACGCCCCUAUAUCCUGCGUGUCCUGACCAUUGGCACCUCUCCCUUGGCAAACACAGAACACUGUUCCGUCUCAGGGAUUGCUUAACCAGAGAAACAGAAGCAUUUAUGGUACUGUAAAUACUAUAGUAUAUGUGUUGUCAAGCAGUGUAAAGCUGUAACUAUUUAUAAUUCUGACUCUGAUCUGAUGAGCACUGAAAGUAGCUGUGGGUGGGAUGAUAGGCUUGUCUUCUGAGGAGACUCACAACCAUUUCUCAGGUUUCCCAUACAAGGUAUAUGCUACUGGUAGUGGGUAAGUGGGGGCAGCAGGGAGAAAAAUGGACAGUUAAAAUCCACAUCUUGUCUGUGCAGAAACUGUGGCCUGCAGAUAGGACAGCUAGCCUACUGUUGACAACUAAUAGUCACUGAGGGGCAGAGGUCAAGACUGGGCUUAGACGUUUGUCUCACAAAGCUGUGACAACACUGAAGUUCCUGCCCCUGCCUCACACCCCAGGAGCCUGAUGAACACCUGAAUAACAAGUGCAGGGAGAAGAUGAAGGUCUAGGAAGCCACUGAGCUCAGACAGUACAUCUGCUCUGGUCACCUUUAUGUUAGAGAAUCUGCUUUCAUCUCCAAAUUUGUCCAUGUGUAUAUCUGUAUGGAUAAGAACAUGUCCAGUUACACAUGUGCAUGCCUGUCAGUUCUGUGUAAAUUAUGUGACAUGCGCUAGACUGUGGGUUUGUUUGCUGUUUCAUUUGCGUGUGUGUGUGCGCGCGUGAUAAUGCCUACUUAAGUGUUAACUGUACUCACGCCUCCAUGUUUAGGGUCUAUGUGUAUCUAGGCACACACGGGUACCUGUGUAUAAACAUAUUUGUGUCUGACUGUAUGCCUGCUGACCAUGAUAUGUCUUUACGUGAAUGAUCUCUACAUGUAGUCUGUCAGUGUCUUCAUGCUUGGGGAUCUGCAUGAGUGUGCCUUCUUCCUGCCAGUUCUCUCUUGCCCAUUCCUUAGUCUCUUGCUAGCUGAACAUCAUUACUCAUCUCUGUGCCUCCUCUAUUUACCUUCUCUCAGCAAACAAGUUUCUAAGCACUUAGUGUCCCUCUGCUGUUAAGAUUAGCCACUCUCAUCCCACUGUUCUCUUCUUAAAAACUUGUUUUCUUCCUCCUACUCUACCUCAAACUUCCUCUGCCUGCUUCCAUCCUAAUUCCAUUGGUAGCUAAUGUGGAGGCUGAGGUUGGUAUUCCUUUAGUGUUGCCCUUCCUAACUUCUAAUCCUAGUGGGUAACCCCCAUCAGCCCAUGCUGACCUCCAGUGUGUCACGUUCCUACUACUUCAUGACCCCUAUGCCUAGCCUGAAAUUACAGGAGAUAGCAAGGGCAUUCAGAAUCCUUUGGAUACAGUGUCUUGAGUGUUUACUGUUUUGUCUUAGUUCCUGAGUUGGGUGGGGUUUGAUAGGCAAGGGUGGUGUAGCUAGAGUGCAAACUAAGGACCUUUCUGUCUGUUUUACUUUAUUUUUCUUUGGAAAACUACAUGUUAUCUUUUUUAUUCCAAACUGACCAGUAAGUUGUAUUUGCUGUUCGUGGCUACUAAAGUGUUACUGUCCAGCCAAGGGCCCCUACACUGUCUCAGCCCAAUGGGUUGGCAAAAAAAAAAAAAAAGGAAAAGCCACUCCCAUUUCUGUAUCAUGAUUGCCCUUUUUUAGCAAGUAUGUGAACUCAGUGCUUUUCUAUGAAUAAAUCAUGGAUCACAGAAAAGA